AUGGAGAUUCUUCCUUGUAACUUACUUAUUCUACUUCUUCCUUUACUUCUCAUUCUUCUAUAUUUUCUCUUUACAUUCAAAACAAGAAACAGAAACACUGAUGACCAAAACAAACCCAACAUCCCACCUGGCCCUCCUAAGCUUCCAAUCAUUGGUAACUUACAUCAACUCGGAAAACCGCUUCAUCAAGUACUACAUGAGCUUUCAAACGUAUAUGGUCCAGUCAUGCUUCUACAACUUGGUCGUGUACCAACACUUGUAAUCUCCUCCGCUGAAGCUGCUCAACAAGUCUUGAAAACACUUGAUCAUGACUUUUCUACCAGACCUCCACUUGCUGGACCGAAACGUCUUUCGUAUAAUUUCUUAGACAUUGCAUUUGUACCUUAUGGAGAAUACUGGAGAGAGGUACGUAAAAUAAGCGUGCAUGAACUUUUGAGCGCGAAAAGGGUGCAAUCAUUUAAGGUAGUAAGGGCAGAGGAAAUCGAUGUUUUAAUUGAUUCCAUAUCACCUUCUUCUAAUACUAAUCCUAUUGAUGUUUUUGAAAUGUUCACAACUUUUACACAUAACACGAUUUGUAGAGUUGCUUUUGGUAGCACAAUCAGUCAAAGUAAGAACCGGUUUAAUGGAAGUCUUACCAAAUUCCUUGAUGAAGCUUUAUCUGUAUUGGGUGGUUUCUAUGCAACAGAUUUCUUCCCCAAGGUUGGUUGGAUGUUUGAUAGGAUCACUGGAGUUCAUGGUAGAAUUGAAAAAGUCUUUCAUGGUUUGGAUAAACUAUUUCAACAAAUGAUAGAGGAACAUCUCAACCCGGUGAGACCGAAACCUGAGCAUGAAGAUCUCAUAGAUGUUUUGCUUAAACUAGAAAAUGAUCAAACUAGUACGAUUCGUUUUGCAGAUGAUAAUAUCAAAGCAAUUCUUAUGAAUAUAUUUAUUGCUGGAGUAGACACACCAGCUGUAACAGCGAAUUGGGCAAUGACCGAGCUGGCUAAAAGUCCAGACGUAAUGAAGAAAGUUCAAGAAGAGAUUAGAAGCUACGUGGGAUCCAAAGGAAAGGUAGAAGAAUCAGACCUUGAUAAUUUACGCUACUUAAAAAUGGUAGUUAAAGAGACUCUAAGGUUACACCCAGGAAAUCCCUUGUUGCUUAAAGAAAGCAUGAAACACAGUAUGAUCGAUGGAUAUGAUGUAUAUCCCAAAACAGCGGUCUUAAUAAAUGCAUGGGCAAUCGGCAGAAAUCCCAAGUAUUGGCGAAAUCCAGAAGAGUUUUUGCCAGAGAGGUUCAAGGAUAUGUCUCAUGAUUUUGCAGCAAGUCAUCACAAUUUUGAAUAUUUACCCUUUGGGGGUGGUCGAAAGGGUUGCCCUGGAAUUAGCAUGGGGCUUGUGUUAACAGAGCUCGUCCUUGCCAACGUAUUGUAUGCUUUCGACUGGGAAUUACCAAAAGGACUGAAGAAGGAAGACAUAAACAUGGAGGUAUCAUCAGGGAGUAGUGUUCAUAAGAAAUAUCCACUUGAGCUUGUUCCUGUCAAGCAUAUAUAUGAUUAA